AUGCCUUAUUCUGAUAAGCUGUUGAGACGCAUUCCACAUUUCAAAUGCCGUAUAAGAUUGCUGGAUAGCUUUGGAACUCAUAUUGAAUUUAGUGAUAGCGAUUACUACAACAAGCACAAGACAGAACUAGGAGGAAAAGGUAACGCUUACGGUGGAAUAGGUCUUCAGCUUCUACAGCAUUGGACCUUUUUUCCACACACUCCCGAUAACGACUUCUUGGGUUUUGCUGUCCACAGUCCCGAUGUCAAACCAUUUUUUGAACGAGGUUCCCAUGAACGUCCAGCUUCCCUUGUUUACGGAAAAGCAGCAUACAUGUGGAACAACAAAGAUGGAGUUCUUGAUGUGCUGAAAAAUCUAACAGAAGUACAUGCCACUGUAGCUGAUGCAGCAAAAUCCAAAACGGCGAUAUUCGUUAAUGUGACUAAUCAUGGUAUACUGACUGGAGUAAAUAUAGCUUCCCUACUGAAAUCGGUUGACAUCUUUAUGGGACUCGGAUUUCCUAUAGAAGGUCCAGCUCCCUUGGAAGCUUUAGCAAACGGCGCUGUUUUCAUAAAUGCCAAGUUUACUCGUCUUUAA